UCGUUAGGCCGAAAUUGAUUUGGCUCAGAAGCUGAAAAGGGUGUGUAAACGGGCAAGGAAAUUCACUAUUUUUUGCCGUCAUCAUGAGUGAAAUUCGCCAAAGGGAAGGUGAACAGAUCAAGAAAGAAUCCAGUGAAGAUGGGAAACCCGGAGAUAAAGAACUGAAUCAGGAAGAAGAGAAACCCGUAGCAGCGGGAUGUGUUCCUCCUGAGAACCUGGGCCUACCGGAGAUCCAGGAACCGCCCAUCCCACCUCAGAAGGACAACAUCCCACUCUUCUUGAAAGGACUGCCUCCGAGAUGGCAGAAUUAUGUUAUCCGUACAGCGGUAUCCUUUGCCAUGGUGUUUGGGUAUGCUCUCAUCAUCUACGCUGGUCCUGUAGGGCUCACUGGAUUGAUCCUACUGAUCGAGGUGAUGUGCUUCAAAGAGAUCAUCAGCAUCGGACACGCUGUCUAUCGUACACAGAACCUGCCCUGGUUCAGGACGCUCAGCUGGUACUUUCUUGCCUGUGCCAACUACUUUGUCUACGGACAGAGUCUCAAGGAUUACUUUGGCAUCGUGCUAAGAAGAGAGUUGCAUGUCUUGCAGCCCUUCAUUGACUAUUACAGAUUCCUCUCCUUCUGGCUGUAUGUUAUUGGCUUUAUGAUGUUUGUCCUAUCACUCCAGAAGAAACAAUACCUUGUGCAAUUUACUCUGUUUGGCUGGACCCACAUAGCCCUACUGAUCGUGGUCACUCAGUCCAACCUCAUUGUCCAGACGCUCUUUGACGGCAUGAUAUGGUUCCUCCUCUCAACCACCUGCGUCAUCUGCAAUGACAUCAUGGCAUACAUGUUUGGUUUCUUUUUUGGGAGGACAUCACUGAUCAAGCUUUCACCUAAGAAGACAUGGGAAGGUUUCAUUGGUGCCCUCUUCUCCACCGUUAUCUACAGCUUCUUUUUGACGAGAUUUCUCGCACAGUUCCAGUUCUUCACUUGCCCAGCAGAGUAUGAUGAAGACAGCAUGGUGUUUAGAAUGGAGUGUGAGCCGAGCGCUACGUAUCAAGUCCGAGAGUACAUCCUGCCAGGAUUCAUGCAGGCUCUUCUGGGAUAUGGUGGUGUUCAUUGGGAGACGGUGAACCUGAUGCCGGCCCAGAUCCACGCUCUAGUCAUCGCUCUCUUUGCUUCUCUGGUCAGCCCAUUUGGAGGAUUCUUUGCCAGCGGGUUCAAGAGAGCUUUCAAAAUCAAGGAUUUUGGAGAUGUUUUCCCCGGCCAUGGAGGCAUCAUGGAUCGGUUCGACUGCCAGUUCUUAAUGGCUUCAUUCCUCUAUGUCUACAUCCAGACUUUCCUCAAAACUGCCAACCCGACAAAGAUUACGCAUCAGAUACUCAACAUGGCCCCGGAGCACCAACUCUACAUCUUCAACCAAUUAAAAGACAGCCUCACCAAAAGUGGAGCCAUAGAAGCUUGAAUCCCAGUCUCAGACAAGAGAGGGCGCCCUAAUCAAUAAUAGUUUCAGCUAGAUCCUUGAGUCACAGUCAUUGUAUAUUUGUAUACUAUUCAACUCAACACAGUCAGAUGGUAAUUUUGUAUCCAUUGUGAUAUCUGUGUAACCCUUGGUGAAGUCAAUUCCGCUUUCCAAAAAGGACACAAAGAAUAUUCCUUUUCCUUUUGUUUUCCUUCUUUUUUAAAAAGCCCAUCUGCACUAGUGUACAGGAGGGAUUAGACCACCCUGCAAGGUCACUGGACAGGUGGUUGU